AUGUACAGUUGGAUGUGGGCAAAGGAAAAAACAUUUCGAAAUCUGCCAAGAGAUCAACUAGGCGGUGUUAUAUUUGGGUGCAAGAAUGAUACAAUAAGAGAGUGUCUCGAAAAGCAACUAGUAGGUUCGCCUAGAGCACACUUUACAUAUGUGAAAAAUGUAAGUCCUGGUUUGCCAGUGUUCUUGUUCAAUUACGACGAUAAGAAGCUCCACGGAAUCUUUGAGGCUGCAAGUUCUGGUCAAAUGCUAAUCAAUCCAUAUGCUUGGAAUAAAGAUGGUGAUGAAAGAACACCAUUUCCUGCACAGGUUCAGAUACGUGUCCGUCUGCAUUGCGAACCACUGCCAGAAGAUGUUUUUAGACCAAUAAUUCAGGAGAACUAUUUUAAGGAAUAUCAUUUCUGGUUUGAGCUAGAUCAUGCUCAAUCCAGUAAAUUGAUAUCACAACUGUCAUCCCAUGCAUAUUCUCCGAGUAGCAAACCAAAUUAUCCAGCACCCCGGAGAACUAUAAUCCAAACAUCACCUGCGAAUAACAAGCUUGCAGAAAAUAGAUUUUCUGAACCGCAAAACUUGAAAUAUAAGCAAUCCAUUUCCAUUGAUUCUCAAGGUGCAGUGGAUGAGAAGAAUUAUAUAUAUAUGAAACUUAAAGAAAUAGCUCGUAAUCGUGAAUGGCCAGCGCUCUCAAGAAAAGGGCAUGCAGAGGAAAACACCAAUGAAGGGAUAAGUUAUAAUGAUGCUAGGAUUGAUCAAGAAGGUUUGAUGGAACAACCUCCUGGAGAAGAGAAUAAUGAAGAAGGCGAUUGUGACUUGGCUGGUUGUCCUCCUUUUGUAGCUCAGCUGGUGAAAGAAGUGAAAGAACUGAAUGCUUUCAAGGAAGAGCAAGCCCAAAAAAUGACUGGCCUGGAGAAGAAGCUGGCUAAUGCACAAGAAAUCGGACUGCUAAAAGGUAGAUGUGUGAUGUUGGAGUCCACAAAUCGCUCUCGUACACACGAUAGUAAAAAUGUGGUUGAGUCAGCCGAUAUAUUGUGUGAUGAAUCAAUCAUCCUAGCUGGAGGAUUUGAUGGUACUCGCUGGCUAUCGGCCUUGGACUUGUCACCUUUGGGUGAUGUUUUAAAGCCACUUAAGCCAAUGAGUUCAUUUCGGUCGUAUUUUGCAAUUGCAAAUCUGAAUAGAGAAGUCUAUGUAUUUGGUGGCAAAUUUGAGAAGUUGUGGGACAACACAGCUGAAUCAUAUAACCCAGCCAAUGAUAUGUGGACUGUGCAUUCUAAUUUGAAAAAUAGAAAGAGUAACUUAUCUGGAGCUACUUUGAAGGACAAGAUAUUUGCAAUGGGUGGUGGAAAUGGGACUGAAUACCUUGCAGAAGUUGAAAUGUAUGAUCCUCAAGUAGGUCGAUGGAUUCCUUCACAAUCCAUGCGGCAGAAGCGAUUUUCUCUUGCAGCAACAGAACUCAAUGGUGCAUUAUAUGCUGUUGGUGGAUUUGAUGGAGACAAAUAUUUGGCGACUGCUGAAAGGUUUGACCCCAGAGAACAUGCUUGGACAAAAAUUGAGAGUAUGACCACAAAAAGAGCAUAUCAUGCAUUGGUUCCUUUGGGGGGGAAGUUAUAUGCACUUGGUGGCUCUGAUGGAUCUCAAAUAAUGCCAAGCGUUGAGAUAUAUGAUCCCCGUCAGGGAACAUGGAUGAUUGGGGAACCUAUGAACUACUCAAGGGUUUAUGUAGCUGCUGCUGCUCUAAAGGAGUCCAUUUAUGUCAUUGGAGGGGCUCAAUCCGAUAAUGAAGUACUAGACACGAUUGAACGUUACAAGGAAGGCACAGGUUGGGAAAUAACCAACUUGAGUGGUGUCAGGAAAAGGUGCUUGUCCUCUGCUAUAGUUUUGGAGGAAGAUUAAAAUGUGCAUUCUUAAGUACUCAAUUGUUCAAUAUCUGCUGUUUUGCUCUAGUGGAUAGACAUAAAAGCUUGAAAUCAUCUUAAACAUUCCGUGAACUUUUCCUCCGUAUAAGAAAACAGAAAAUGGUCAAGCUUAUAGCCAAUGGAUGGUAUAGCUUUGUAGUAGCAUGACUGUAUUACAGACAGUUCUCAGCAGCCUCUUUCUAA